AUGAUAAGACAUUUACUGGACAACGUGGUGGAGCGCGGGAUGCCGCACCAUUAUUCCACUGAGAUGUGGGAGCGCACGCACAAGGGCACGGUCAAGGGUCCAGUUAGAGGGAGCAACUGGAGCGACAUUCCGCGCCGAAUCGUGGAGGAGGAGGUGCAGAGAGAGGUGUACCGUGAGGUGGCUGCAGACGCCGGCGGUGGGCGGCAGUAUGCGUCUGCAUUGCGCGAGGUUGCGGCUUGUUGUGGGAACGUGGUUGUACACGUGCAGGCAAUCAAGACGAGGAAACCGGUGCUUACAAAGAAGUAUCGGAUCAUGCGCAUAGGCGGGGCGUCGGAUCCGGUGUACGAUGAGUACACAGCCGCGCUUGGAGACGAGAUGAAGGGGAUGGCCGCGGAGUUUAAGGCGUUGGACCUGGCUACCAACAACGUGCAGGUCCACACCGCGGUGGCCAUUCCGCGCACAAGAGGCGGCGAGCUGGUGGCCAAAGGGACGUUUGUGAAGGCAUCUCCACGAGAGAGGUGGUACUCGAACGUGGCACUUCUGAACAACAAGAAGGGGGACUGGUAUGCAAGAUGUCUGUGCAUCUUCAGGGCGCUUGACCGUGAUGGGGAGUGGAAGGGAUACGCAUACGUGAGGUACUACGAGAGGGCGGGAAGCUGCAAGCUUACAGGGUGCACGCAGCUGCACAAGAAAGUGGAGAAGGUGAGGUAUUCGGUGGUGGAGCUGGGCAGCCUGCAGAGAGUUGUGCACGUGUGCCCGUCGUACAGCAACAACAAGGGACUGCUGGCUACUGCGCACCCGGACGAUGUGUUCUGCUUCCACGAGAUUAAUUUUCUUCCGAGCCGCCUCCCGAAGACAUACAUUCCAGACAAGCGUAAUGUUUGCGAGCGGAUUGUCAGCAUCGGCAUUCUUUACAACGCGACGGGCAGUUGUUCCGCGGUGCCACUGGUGGUCCUAUCGCCGUACGAUAGGCCCGAGCGCAGGCGGGGGCGUGCGGCAUCGCGCAUGGUGGCAGUCCGAUAUACGCACCGCGGCCGGUUGACUCCGGAGGUGUUCACGGAGUUUGUGGAGACUGUCAACGGUGUGCACUUUAGUCGUGAUCGCAACACACUCAUCCUAACCAUACACGAGGCGCAUCACAUCACCGGCGAGGUCGCGCGCCCCGUCUCGGAGCACGGCUUCAGUGUGCAGCACCUCACCAACACCCGUGUCGUCAACAUACGUGGGUCGGUUCCCGAAGGGGGCCUUCCGCACCUGCAGGGAGUGGAGGACGCGCUGAAGGCCCAUUACCGCGUUAUGCUGAUGAAGCGGGCGAUCGCGGCGAAGCGGUUCCAGUUCGACUAUGCCGCUUCUAUCGCCGACGUGGACUACGGACUCAUGCUGGAGUGGCUGGGGGAAUCGUGGACCCGUGUGCGCGCUGCAACCAUGCAGAGGAGCUGGUGGCGCGCCGGAUGCGUGCCGCCGAGCUGGCCGCCGCUGAUGGCGUACCUGAACGACACCAGCGCGACGGGCAUGUUUGAGCCGCUCAUUGCGACUUGCGUCGAGCUGCAGUUGCUCAUCGAGAAGUUUAAGAUGAGGCCUGCGUGCUACAUGACGGCGGCGGAGUUCGUCAACUGCGACGCGGGGCUCUGCGUGGAGCAGGGGUUCGUUGCCACACCUGCUGCAAGCGCGUCGGAUGACUCGUCGGGCGAGAUGAGCCUGCCAGACGGCCCGCUGCUGCGGGACGAGCGCAGCAGGCGGCGCGUCAUUCGCAACGUCACAAACGCGUACGUGGAGCGUGCCGAUGAGCUCGGCAUUCCCCCGGCCCUCGUGCCAGCAGAGGUCGGCGCAUCUAACCAGGAGGUGAUUUCCCGCCUCGGCAGGACGCCAGUUAAGCGUGCGCGAGCGGGGCUGCGCACGGAGGACAUGGCAGGCCCUUCGGAGCGCAAGGACGAGGACGACGAACUCGCCCGACGGCGCUACUCUUUCUUCCCCUUCGAUCCCUCUCCUCAACUGUCUCCCACCGCUACCUCUCCGUUUUCCCCCUUCCCCCCUUUCCUCUCCCCUGUCUCUUCGUUCGCGCGUGCGCUCAUUCCUCCCGACCUCACGUCGUCCCUCCUCCUCCCCUUCCCCGUUUCUUCUUCUUAUCCUCUUUCCCCAGGCCCUCGCCGCUGCGUUCCCCCGGGUCUUUUGGACGUGUACACUUACUACCCUUCUACAAAACAAUUCGUUAAGGGUAAUCUGGGCAGCCUGCCCGAGCGUGUAGUGGACUCGUCGUAUGUGGUUUCCCUGACAGUGCCAUCCUCAUUACAAGGCGCCCCGCAAGUAACGCUGGACGUGUCGAACAUGUACCCCACGGCUCUCGAGGUUGACGCAGCAGGAAUGGUGUCAGCUCCUCCCAUGACGCAGACAAAUUUCACGGUAGCUGGAGCAGAUCUCUCCCCUCCGGCCGACCCAUAUGGAAUGGUUUCUGCUUACCUUGAGCAAUAUGGCGCCAAAGCCGACGCUAACGACCUCUCGGGCGCUAUACUCCCAUAUGGUGCUUCUGAAGUCAUGUAA